AUGAAGAAAAUCAAUAACGAGUUCCUCAAAACAAGUCACCAAUUUGAUACAGUGAUUUGGGUUACUGUCUCCGAGAAAGCAAGUGUGAAAGCUGCUCAAGAGGUGAUUCGAAAUAAAUUACAAAUCCCAGAUAGCAUGUGGCAGGGUAGAACAGAGGAUGAAAGGGCUACAGAAAUAUUCAACAUCAUGAAAACAAGAAGGUUUGUGCUACUUUUAGAUGAUGUAUGGCAACGACUUGAUCUCUCAAAAAUAGGAGUUCCUCUUCCAGAAAUUCGAAACCGGUCCAAAGUAAUAAUCACAACUCGAAUUCAGGAAAUAUGCAAUGAAAUGGAAGUUCAAAGGAUAUUUAGGGUAGAGUGUUUGGCACAGGAAGAAGCCUUGGCUUUGUUCCUGGAGAAAGUCGGCGAGAACACUCUAACUUCUCACCCUGAUAUAUCACGGCUUUCUGAAAAGAUGGCAGAGUGGUGCAAAGGCUUGCCGCUUGCCCUUAUUACUGUUGGAAGAGCAAUGGCUAAUAAGAAUUCUCUCCAUGAAUGGGAUCAAGCAAUCCAAGAACUGGAGAAAUUCCCAGUGGAAAUUUCAGGUAUGGAGGGUCAGUUGUAUAAUGUUUUGAAAUUCAGUUAUGAGAACUUAAGAGAUGAUAUCACCAAAUCUUGUUUCAUAUACUGUUCUUUUUUUCCAAAGGGAUAUGAAAUUAGAAAUGAUGAGCUUAUAGAACAUUGGAUUGGGGAAGGGUUUUUUUAUGGUGUGGACAUAUAUGAAGCACGCAGACGAGGACACAAAAUCAUUGAAGACCUAAAGAAUGCAUGCUUGUUAGAGGUGGGUGAUGGAUUUAAAGAAUGUAUCAAGAUGCACGAUGUGAUACACGACAUGGCUCUAUGGAUAGGUCAAGAAUGUGGAAAAAAGAUAAACAAGAUUUUGGUGCGUGAAUCUCUUGGGCAUGUUGAGGCUGAGAGGGUUACCAGCUGGAAGGAGGCAGAAACGAUAUCAUUGUGGGGAUGGAAUAUCGAGAAACUCCCAGGAACGCCUCAUUGCUCUAAUCUCCAGACUCUCUUUGUGAGGGAGUGUAUCCGACUGAGGACCUUUCCAAGAGGAUUCUUCCACUUCAUGCCUCUCAUAAGGGUUCUAGAUUUGUCAGCUACACCUUGUUUAACGAACUUACCUGAUGGCAUUGAUGGAUUGAUGAACUUGGAAUACAUUAAUCUUUCAAUGACAAAGAUAAGAGAGUUGCCGAUUGGGAUCAAGAAGUUGACAAAACUGAGGUGCUUGUUACUUGAUGGUUUGCCUCCAUUUGUAAUUCCUCCACAUGUGAUAUCAAGUCUGUCAUCAUUGCAGUUGUUUAGCAUGUAUGAUGGAAAUGCUUUAUCUUCUAACCAUGAACACUUGUUGGAGGAAUUGGAGUCCAUAGAAUCUAUGGAUGAGAUAUCUCUCUCAUUCUGUAGUGUUGUAGCUCUCGAUAAAUUUCAGAGCUCUGACAAGCUACUAAGAUGUGGGAAAUGA